ACAACCUUCAGCAGUUAGAUUCGUUUUGAAUUCGACUAUAUACGAGGAGCUAGAUUACAAAUGAGAAUGGAGAUUGUAUUCUUUUUAAUUUCAUGUCUGCUUUUAUUUACGAAUCAUCAUCACCUGCUUUGUCCCGUGGAGGCAGCGCAGAACUCAGAAUAUCCGUAUUCGUUUAUGACAACAGAUGCUGAAAAGGCGGCUGCGAGAACGUAUGAUUACAUUAUCGUUGGAGGAGGUGCAGCUGGAUGUCCUCUGGCAGCAACACUGUCACAGAAUUAUACUGUUUUAGUAUUGGAGAGGGGAGGCUCUCCCUAUGGAAAUCCCGUCACUGCAGACAAUAAAGUCUUUUACAAGGUCUUUGGCAACGCCAGUGAUUAUCCCUAUGAACUUGAGGGAUUUGUGACAGAAGAUGGAGUGCAGACAGCGAGAGGAAGGGUUCUGGGAGGUGGAACAUCCGUCAAUGCUGGCUUCUACAGCAGGGCAAGCCUUCAAUAUAUUCGAAAUAUGGGAUGGGAUGAGAAGAUUGUAAAUGAGUCAUAUGAAUGGGUGGAGAAAUCGAAUGCCUUCAAGCCAGACAAGCUUUUUGUGUGGAGUUCUGCAGUCCGGGAUGGGCUUUUAGAAGCUGGGGUGCUUCCUUAUAAUGGGUAUACUCUGAAUAAUUUGGAGGGAACCAAGAUAAGUGCUACAAUUUUUGACAACAAUGGAAAGAGACACACAGCUGCAGAUCUUCUGCAACAUGCAAAUCCAGAUAACAUUAUAGUUCUUCUGAAUGCUACAGCCAGCAGAAUCCUCUUUGAUUCCUCCUCAGGGAAGUUGAAGGCUACUGGUGUGGAAUUCACCGGCACCAAUGGCAAGUCUUAUCAAGUAUCAACCAACAAAUCAACAAAUUUGAGUGAGGUUAUUUUGUCUGCAGGACCCAUAGGUAGCCCCCAACUUCUACUAUUAAGUGGAAUAGGUCCAUCAGAUGAACUAGAAAAAUUGAAUAUUGCUGUGCAUUUAGAUUUGAAAUUAGUAGGAAAACGGGUUCAAGAUCCACCUCGUGCAACAGUUAUCAUUGAAUCCCCUAAACCCUUGGAAUUUGGUAACAUACAGAUUGUAGGUAUAAUAGACAAUUCAAACAUUUACAUUGAGCCUACUAGCUAUUUCACAGAAAUAAAUGCCACACAUAAUGAAUAUUAUGGUGUAAUUUUUAGUAAGGUGGCAUACCCCUUAUCAACAGGUGAGCUAAAGCUUAGAAGCAAAGAUCCCCGAGAUGUCCCUUCUGUGAGAUAUAACUAUUAUUCCAAUCCUUCUGAUCUAAAAGAAUGUAUGCUUGGUGUGAAGACAUUGACUCGUAUUAGCAUGACAUCAUCUCUUCAAAAAUUUGCAUUUAAUGUUAGUGGGAACUCAAAGAUGCUUCAAUAUAGUGGAUCGGCAUUACCACAAAAUCCAUCCGACAAUGAUGCCUUGGCCAAGUUCUGCAAAGAUACACGUUCAUCAAUAUGGCAUUUUCAUGGAGGCUGUCAAAUUGAUCUUGUAAUUGAUAAAAUGCAUCAUGUAAAAGGGGUUGAUAGUCUAAGGGUUGUUGACAAUUCUAUUUUCAAGGAUAGUCCAGGAACAAAUCCACAAGCCACUACUAUGAUGCUUGGACGGUAUAUGGGACUUCACAUCCUCAAAGAACGCAUUGGAAACUAAAAAUUCUACAAAUUAUAAUAUCUUCAAAAUAAAAUGUUAUAUAUUGUAUUCUUCAUUAGACAUUAUCCAAAAUAAUAUCGUUUGUGAUGUAAUUUUAGAUUACAUAAAUAAUUGAUAAUGUACUUUAUCAUUAUGUAAAGGAUUGUUGAUUAUAUUUGAUAAUAUUCUAAAAUGGGGC